AAAAUAAAUAACUAUAUGCAGUACACGCGCAGGAAACCACUGGCGAGAGCUUCCCAGUUCGCACUUCCAACGAAGCUGAGGAGGUGGGAAGGGUGUGGUUUGCAGAGCAGCCAGCAACUGACAGGCCUGAAGCAACCUGGGCAGCCCUUAGGAGGCGCUUCGGUUCCCGUCCCGCUCCCCCACCCCGCCGCUGGCUUGGCGGUACGAGAGCGCGCGCAAGCGAAGCGCCUUCUCAUUACACCUGGCCAGCCUCGAGCCGCUGGCACCAAAGGCAGUUGCGCCGCCGCCUCGCGAGUGUCUCCGCCAGGGACUGGUUCCCGGCAGGACGGGGCGCUCACCAUGGAGAAAGGGGGCUUCAAGAGGCUCGGCAGGCUCUUCCACAAGAGCGAGUCCGAGGACUCCGAGCCGGACACGUCAUUUUCCUCCCCCUGCCCUUCGCCAGCACUUCAGGGGCGACGGGAGCAUCGCCACAGCAGCCUCCCGGCCGCCGGCUCCGCCGCUGGAGAGCGCAAGAAGCGCUCGGCUUUCGGGCACUGGCGCCUGAAGAAGCGCAAGGACCGCCCGGCGGCGGCGACCACGACGGCACUGCCAGGAGAAGGAAGCCGGGGCGGGAACAGCGUGCCUGCGUCUCUUUCGCUCUCCCACUCGUCCAACUUCACCACUUCGGAGCCCACGACCCCCACAAACAGAUAUUUUGACAUGCCUGAUACACAAUUUGCUGCUCAGGCAAAUCCAUUGCCUCUACUACCUUCACAAGAUUCACAGUUUUCUUAUACUAUUCCAGUGGUUUCAGUAACAACAUCUACAUUGCCAGCUUCAUUUAGAAAGUCCAAAACACGCUCUGUGGAAUCUUCUAAGGAAGAAAGCAAAAGGAAACCAGUUUUGGGGAAGUUUGGAAAUUUCUUUACUACAGGGAGAAGGAAAAAUCCCAAAAACACACUAGAAGCUUCUUUAAGACCAUCUGUUAAAACUGCAAGUUCAGGAUCCCCCCCCAAGGGUAGAGCUCCUUUGGCAUCAAUAGAUAUUGAGGACAUAACAGAUCUAUCCAAAAGCGAAGAGUCUCUAAUUGACCAGGUUUGCAAUCAGGACCAGACAAGGAUACCAAAUACUGUUGAAAACACAGAAGAAUAUCUCUACAAUAAGGAUCUGACACCUUUGUAUAAUGAUAUUGUUUCAGAAUGGAACACUAAAGGAAUUAAUUCUGACAGUGAAUUGUCAUCUGAUUGGCGCAGCAGUAGUGAAACAAUAAAAAAUACAUUAUUUGAUAGUAAUCUUACACUCCAGACACUGGAAGCAGAGAACAAUCUUGUCAUUGAUACGACUCAUACCACAACUCCAGAUUUCUUUAAAAGUUUAAGUAAUAUAUCCAAUGAGGACCUGGACCAUACUAUAUUAAAUCACAAGCAGAUAGUGGAUGUUCAUUCAUUUACAGAAUCAGAACAUGCAGCAUCAAAAGAGCUGCCAUCAGUUUUGGAAUCCAAGCCAAGUGAAUGUGUCCAUCCUUCUAGAGUGUUGACAUUGGAUAUCUUUCUUCGUAGAGCUGAACAACCAAAUUCCAAUGAACCAGUGACUAUUGUAUUGGACAACAACUGUAGUAGCACAGACGCAAUGGAUAAAAAAUCUGCAGUAAGGAAGUCUGGAAAGAGGAGAAAAUCUCAGUCCUCCAGUGACUUGCCUAAUGGGGACAGAAAUGUGACUGAGAAUCCUGCAAAAGAAGAACCUGUUUUUGAUGAGAUUCCUUCAGAUCUAGUUUCAGAAAAAACAAACAUUUCUGAAAGAAAAGUUAAGGCUUCUCAACAGAUUAAUUCUCCCACAGCUAAUAAUGACACAAGGACUGGAAGUAAUCACAAGGGACUUGCUAAGACAGAAUUGGAAAAAAGCAAGCAGCAGACCCCAACUUCAUCCCCAUACAGGAGGAAAUCAUUAAAAAAGAAUCAGUCUGACCCAGGCCCUCUUUCGCCCACAGGCUCGAAGAGUCAUGGGAAAGAGUCCACCAAAAGACAGACUGAAAGUAACCCAUCAUCAAAAUGUACUUCAGUAGAGAAGCUGUCUUCUGGUGAAAGCACUGUAGAGACUUCCAAAGUUUCUUCUACAGGCAUCACAGACAAUAGCACUUUGCCACUUUCUGAUGGGACAGAGUCACUUCUUGCCAACAGUUCUGAUUGCAGCGUUCCCCUGAACACUGAUAAGCAUAAAAACAAUGAGUUGGAAAUCACAAAUGGGAAGCAAACUACCUCUGAUCUGGAUAGUGCAAAGCAAAGAAAUAUAUGCUUUGAUGUUUCCAGAACUGUGACAACAAAAGUUAGUCUUCCAGCUAAACCAAAGAAUAUUGAAUUAAACCUUAAAGCUUCCAAAACUAUGGAAGAUGUGCAAACUGAGCAAGAUUCCAUGGACAAAACUGUUAAAAUUAACUUCAGUAUUGCUAACAAAAUAUCCAUGUUUGAAAACAAACAUACUAACCAAAACCAAUCUGCUGAGACCUCUACUUCAAAAAAAGGUUCUGUAUCAAAUACAUUUGUUGGCAGAGCAAAGCUGAAAUUUGGGAAACAGCAUAAUGAAAGUGAACAGACCAACAGAAGCACAAAGCCAAACAAUCGGCAGAAAGUAUUUCAAAAUGGUGCAAAGGUGAAAGAGGUAUCUUCAGAUAUAAAGAUCAAGUCUGAAGGAGGAACCCAAUCAAACAUGACCAAUGAGGAAGUUGGAAACAUUGCUGAUUCUCAGUUUAAUCAAAAUAGUAAAAUAGAUGAACAUCAAGUGAAUGUUUGCACUUCUAAAAAAGUAGUUACAGAAUUAGCCAAGGAUAAUUUGCUACUUAAAACUGAAACUGUGCAACAUAUUGAAGAAAUUGAAACCAUCCAAAAUGAUAAUGACAGGAGUACAAAAGCCAGAUCCAUAACUCCUGAAAGUGGAGAGAAACUUUCCUUGAAAACAGACAUAUAUUCCCCAAGUAAAGACGAUCAGUGUCUCCUGCAAACUGACUUAGUGCCCAGAAAAUCAGAAUUGGAACACAACACGACUUCUCAGAUUGAGAAUGAAGACAGAAAGAUGUCAAAUAUUGUUUUGGAAAACAUACAGGUAUUUGAGCAGAAUAUCAGUGGACAACAAAGUUCAAGCAGUGGUUGUAAUGUUCCUAAAGCUGGCAAUGAUGAUGGCAUUUGUGAUUCCCCUUCUGACAUGGCAAAGUUUACGGAAACUCUUAAAAACCUGGACAGCUCUGUUUGUAUACCUCAGAAGAAGAAAAAGGCCAAAGUUCCAAAAUCUCCAGCACCUCAUUUUGCUAUGCCUCCAAUUCAUGAAGACAAUUUAGAGAAAAUAUUUGAUCCCAAUGUAUUUACAGUUGGUUUAGGAGUCAAGAAAGACAAACCACGAGAUUUAGCCCCAUCUUUACAGCUGAAAUUGCAAAGUCUAGAAACAGAGGCUAGAGUCAGACCCAAGCGUGCCUCAACCGAAAAUAGCAUUCUUCUCCAAUCACUAAAAUUGGCCAACAGAGCUGAUCCUGCACUCACCCAGGAAAUAUGUGGAAAGGAGAAUAAGGAUAGUACAGAUGGUGACAUUAAGAGAUCUCGACUUGAAAACAGUGCCAUCUUCUCAAGCCUUCUAUCACCUGCAACUAAAGAAAAUGUGUUCACACCAUCUGUGACCUCUAUAAACACUAUCACAACAUCUUUUGCAUCUCAGAAGAGUGUUGAUUCCUCAGGAAUAUCUCCUCUAACAUUUGAUAUAGCUCAGAAAUCAGAGUCUCUUUCAGGUUUCAAAACUCCAAACUUUAUGGAGAAAUGUUUACAAACUGAGGAUGCAAAAAAAGAGAGAAUUUUACAGAUGCCAAACUUUGGAAAACCUGAUACCAGUUUUUCAAGCUGGUUGAAACCUGGCCAGUAUGAACCAAAUGGAUUCUUACCAGAGAUUGAGGCAUUUUCAGGCAACAACCAAAAUAAAAUCAAUCCUAGACCAGGAAAGAUUGUUAUCUGCAAUCAACCAGAUCCAUUUGAAAACACUGUCGAAGUUUUUCAUGAUGUGUUGGACUGCACCUCUUGGGUACUGUCACCUGUAAUUCUAGUUAAAGUCGUCAGAGGAUGUUGGAUUCUGUAUGAGAAGCCAAACUUUGAAGGUCCUUCUAUUCCUCUGGAGGAAGGAGAAAUAGAACUCGCAAACCUUUGGGGGGAAGAACAAUCUGGUGACAAAGAUGAGUGCAAACUUCCUGAGCCUGCAGUAAUUGGUUCGAUAAGGCAUGUAGUAAAGGAUUAUAGAAUUUGCCGAAUUGACUUGUUUACAGAACCAGAAGGGUUAGGUAUUGUAAAUUCUUAUUUUGAUGACAUUGAAGAAACACGAUUUGGUUCUGCACCGAAGACUUGUUCGAUCCAAGUUCAUCGGGGCAUAUGGCUACUUUAUGAAGAACCUGGUUUCCAGGGAAUUCCUUUAAUGCUGGAGCCUGGAGAAUAUCCUAAUCUAUCAUUCUGGGAAAAGAAAGAAGCAUAUAUUAGAUCCAUGAGGCCCUUGAAAAUGGGUGGACGCAAAGUUGAAUGUCCUGAAAGCCCAAAGGUAAUCAUUUAUGAAAAGCCUUUCUUUGAAGGAAAACAUGUAGAGCUUGAUUCAGAAUUAAUAGUUCUUGCUGAAGAAGGAAAUAAAAAAGAAGAAUCGGCAGAGCUGGAAACUGGACAGCUGGCAUCAAUAGGAUCCAUAAAAGUGAUAGGAGGAAUUUGGGUUGCUUAUGAGAAAUCAAGGUUUGCAGGGCAUCAGUAUUUGCUGGAAGAAGGAGAAUACCAGGAAUGGAUGGACUGGGGUGGUUAUGAUGAGCAGGUGCAGUCACUGAGGCCUGUUUUAGGGAGUUUUACGCAGCCUCACAUGAUAAUGUACACUGAGAAAGACUUUGGGACUAAAAGUUCUAACAUAAGCGUGUUAGGAAUUAUUUCCAAUUUGAAGGAUACUGGCUAUGGACUAAGGACUCAAUCUAUAAAUGUGUUAAGUGGAGUCUGGGUGGCUUAUGAAAAUCCUGACUUUACGGGAGAGCAGUAUAUCCUUGAUAAAGGAAUGUAUUCUAGUUCUGAGGCUUGGGGAGCUAGAAGUUGUAAGAUCUCUUCAGUACAACCCAUAAUUUUGGAAAACCUCAGUGAUCAUAUGGGGAAAUUUAAGGUCCAGCUAUUUUCAGAACCAGAGUUCCAGGGUAGCAGUCAAAUAUUUGAGAAAGACACUUCCCAGAUUGAGAAAUUAUCUGUUAAGUCUGCAAAAGUAUUAUCUGGCAGUUGGAUUGCAUAUGAUAAGGAAAAUUUCUCUGGUAAUCAGUAUGUGUUAGAAGAAGGAGCCUAUCCUGAUCUGUCUGCAAUGGGUUGCCUACCCAAAACAUGCCUGAAGUCCUUAAAAGUUAUAAAUAUUGAGCUUUCUGAGUCAGCCAUAGCCCUUUUCGAAAAGGAAAACUUCAGGGGAAAGAAAAUAGAAUUUACCACUGAAAUCAUAAAUCUCCAGUUUCUUGGCUACAAUCCUCAUGUAGCUUCAGUAGAAGUCCGAGGCGGCACAUGGAUUAUUUAUGAACAUAAUAAUUAUAGAGGCCGUCAGAUUUUAUUAUCACCUAAAAAAAUAUCAAACUGGUGUGAGUCAAGUGGCUACCAAACAAUAGGUUCUCUACGCCCUUUACUGCGGAAACAAGCAUACUUCAGACUUCGAAACAAAGAAACAGGAAAGUUCAUGUCCGCUGAUGGAAAUCUAGAUGACCUGAAUCUUCUAAGGAUACAGGUUGCAGACGAUACUAAAUCUGAUGAGCAAGUCUGGAUUUAUCAAGAUGGUUUCAUCAAAUGUAGGCUGGCGGAAGACUUUUGCUUGACAAUUGUAGGAAACCUGAUUACACCUGGUGCCAAACUGGGCCUCACACUUCAGCAGAAUGAGGAAAAGCAAAGCUGGAGUAUUAAUCCAGAUGGCAGGAUCUAUAGCAAGAUGAAACCACACUUAGCAUUAGAUAUUAAAGGGGGGAAGCACUAUGAUCAAAACCACCUCGUUGUCAGUUCAGUUGGUGAAGAUAAGGCAACACAAUGCUGGGAACCACUGGUCAUGUAAAAGUACUCGAGAGGCACAAACAGAAAAACAGAUCCAUUAAUGUUGUGAAGACUGGCCAAAAAAGGACAUCAAAGCAAUGCUUUCACAGUAAUUUUAAGAAACAAACAGAAUUUAAAGCACCUUCUCUAUCUGUCUGUCUCUCUCUCUCUGUGUGUGUGUGUGUGUGUGUGUGUGUGUGUGUGUGUGUGUGUGUGUGUGUGUGUGUGUGUGUGUGUGUGUGUGUGUGUGUGUGUGUGUGUGUG